AUGGUCUACGUACGGCAAAAGGAGCUCCCCGCGCUCCGUGAGUACAAAUACUCUGGUGUCGAUCAUUCACUGCUCUCCAAAUAUGUUCUAAAGCCCUUCUACACGAAAUUCGUCAUCAAGUGCUUCCCUAUGAGCAUGGCACCGAAUUUGAUCACUCUGACGGGCUUUUCAUUUGUCGUUGCAAACUUCUUGACGCUGCUGUGGUAUACUCCCACUCUUGACCAAGAUUGCCCCUCCUGGGUGUAUUAUUCUUGGGCACUGGGCUUGUUCCUAUAUCAAACUUUCGAUGCUGUGGACGGAACUCAAGCGCGCCGAACUCGGCAAUCCGGACCCCUGGGCGAACUCUUCGAUCAUGGGGUAGAUGCUUGCAAUACCUCGCUUGAGGUUCUUCUUUUUGCUGCUUCUCAGAACAUGGGACAGAGCUGGCAGACUGUGGCAGUCUUGUUCGCAUCCCUCUUGACGUUUUAUGUUCAGACAUGGGAGACAUAUCACACCAAGACUCUCACUCUAGGUAUCGUGAACGGACCCGUCGAGGGCGUUCUUGCGAUCGUCCUGGUCUUCGUUUUCACUGGCUACGUUGGGGGUGCCCAUUUCUGGCAGCAGAGCAUGUUCCGUACCAUCGGUGUGCCUUCCACCAUUGGCAUCCCAUCUUUCAUCUACAACCUCACCUUUACCGAGUGGUAUCUUAUUCAGGGCAGUAUUGUUCUUGUCUUCAACACUGUCGAGUCUUCACUCAACGUCAUCCGCGCUCGACGUGCCCGUGGUGACCGUUCUCGAGGUGCGCUCCUUGGCCUUGUGCCUUUCUUCAGCAUCUGGUCUAUGGUGGUUGCCUACCUUUACCUUCAACCCAAGAUCCGCGAAUGCCAUCUCAUCCCGUUUGCCCUCUUCGCCGGCCUUGUCAAUGCCUACAGCGUCGGGCAGAUGAUCACUGCUCACCUUGUUCACCUGCGUUUCCCCUACUGGAACGUGCUGGGCCUGCCUCUUGCCUUUGGCGUCAUCGAUUCAUUGGGCCCCAUCUUCCAGCGUAACUUAGGGUUUGGCUGGCCCAGCGCUCUUGGCGAUAAUGUCUACCAAGUGGCUUUCAUGUUCAUGAUGCUCGGAACCGCCGUCGGCGUCUACGGAAGUUUUGUCGUUGACGUUAUCGUUACCAUCUGCGAUUACCUCGACAUCUGGUGCCUCACCAUUAAGCAUCCUCAUGUUGAAAACGAAGGUGCUCAGACCAAUGGUACAAAGAAGGACUAA